GCUUUCACUUCCCGGGGGAGGUUUGUGUGUAGUUUGUGUAGUUGUGUAUCUGCUGGUACCGUUAGUCAGUCAAUUAUAAAGCGUCGUCAUGUUGAGGACGCAGCAGCUUCGAAUGCUGCUCAACGAGCGUCUGGCAGCGGCAGCAGAUGAAGUCUUUGGACUGGUGGUGCAGACCAUCGCCGAGUAUCAGGAUGAAAUAGUCCGUUCUAAAGCAGAGGUCGUCCGCCUGAAGAAGGAGAUAAAGCAGCUGUCCGCCUUCAAAGCUGUGGCAUCUUCAUUCAGAGCAGACACCCCGUCAGUCUCUGAGGUGGCAUGUCCUUCUCAGCAGCCAGACAAGAUUCCUUUUGUGGAGAACAAUCAGAGCAGUGACCCUCAGCAGGUCAAACGGGAGAAGGUGGAUCUCUAUUUUAAUUCAGGGUUGGAGGAAGCCACUUCCUCUGACGAUGUUGCUGCACUGGAAAACCGAAAUACUCAGACACACUACAAGCCAUUCCCUUCUCCCACUAUUACAUUGACACUGGGCAAAGACGACAAUUGGACUGUUGACGACACGACGCUCUGCGGCCCAAGUGAUAGCGACACUUGUCCUAAGAACUACAGAAGACGAGCUCAGGACAAGAAGAUUUGCCGCUUCUGCCGCAAGCGGUUUAAGAAGGACUCGGCUCUGAUCCAACACGUGGACGAGGUUCACACGGGAGAGAAACCCUUUAAAUGCCCUCAAUGCGACAAGGAGUUUAAUCGCAGGGACCACCUGUCUGUGCAUUCAAGAGUUCACACUGGGGAAAAACCACACAAGUGUCCUUUCUGUGGAAAAUUAUUUGCUCAAACCUCAAAUCUCAACGUUCACUUGAGGGUGCACACGGGGGAAAAGCCAUACUUCUGCAAAACAUGUGGCAAAAUGGUUGCCCACAGCUACCACCUCAAAAUCUGUGGCCUACCAGUGUCCACAGGGGAAAAGCUGUUUCGCUGUUAUGUUUGUGGCAAAAAGUUUUCCACUUCUCCCAAUCUGAAGGUGCAUAUGGAGAUCCACGAGGCCAGGAACGUGAACCCGGCCGUGCAGUCGGAUGAUCAAGAUUUAAUCAUCAUUUAAUACUUAAAACAUUCCUUAUUAAUUGAAUAACAAAUCAGAAAUGUACUCUGUGAUUCAGUGGUCUGGAACCUGACACAAAUUUUCUCACUGAAAAAAUAUCCACUCUGGUCAAAGGCAAGAGAAAAUAAAUUACAGCAGUCAGGGAAUGACUCUGGUCCAGGCAACUGCUUUUUGAGUUCAAUGAUUAAAAUCUUGUUCUGCAGCAGGAAUCCUGUAAACACUGAUGUUUAAUUUUAAAAUGAUGGGAUUAUACCGUAAGAAGCUCAUGAAUAAUUGCACACUGAGAGUGAAAGUAUCCAGUAACUGUGUCUCUGUGAUGUUACAGUGCUGUACAAGUGUUAAGUGGAAGGUUUUUUCUCGACAGUGUCGUGGUGGCACUCUGCUCGGGUUGGAUUUAUUUAUACAAACCUAGUUUUCUCUGUUGACGUGUUGUGGGUUAACACACGUGUGUGUGUAACAAAAUAAAAACAUGUCCAUGUUUUGUUUAUGCUAAACCGCUUA